AUCUCGAGAAUAUCUUCGUCUUCACCUAUUAAUUCAUAAACUUCCAAUUGAGUUUCGUAUUUGCGAAGGUCGAUAUGGCAUCUUUUGCGACAGCUUGUCGUGUAUCAGCUAGACUUACUGCUAGGGGAUUGCGACAGGAUGCGACAGCUAGAGGUUAGUAUUUACUUCCGAGAAAUUUUGGGUUGAGGAUGGGACAUUAAUAUUUGAUGAGGAUAGGACUCAAGACUUCUGCGGCAUGUCUAGCUGCUCAGAACUUUACCAUGCCGGCGCUUUCUCCUACAAUGACAGAAGGAAAUAUCGCAAAGUGGAAUGUUAAGGAAGGGGAUUCGUUUUCGGCCGGUGAUGUCUUACUCGAGAUCGAAACGGACAAGGCUUCAAUGGAUGUGGAAGCUCAGGAUGAUGGUAUCAUGGCAAAAAUUACAAUGGGAGAUGGUAGCAAGGGAAUUAAAGUUGGCACGAGAAUUGGUGUUCUUGCCGAACCCGGAGAUGAUUUGAGUUCAUUGGAGAUACCAGCUGAAGAUAGUGCUGCCCCUCCAUCGCCAAAAGAAGAGGCUUCAAAGCCAGACCCGGCAAAGUCCUCGGAAUCGCAAGCCGAAGCUCCUCCUACCUCGAAGCCUUCCGCAGAGACUGCUGCUCCCGCGAAGAAGUCUUCUGGAAAAGCAAAGAAACAAACAUAUCCUCUACUUCCUUCAGUUGAACAUUUGAUUCAUGAACGUGGAUUAAAUGCAUCUGAUAUUGAAAAGAUGAUUCCCAGUGGACCUAAUAAUCGCCUAUUGAAAGGAGAUGUUCUAGCAUAUCUGGGCUCAAUAUCUUCCUCAUAUCCCACCGAACUUUCGCAAAAGAUUGCAAAACUCUCCCACCUCGACCUAAGCAAUAUCAAGAUUGCCCCUCCCAAAGCAGUUAAACCUGCCAAGAAGGAGGCACCAGCACCAAAACCAAUCACAUUCCAUCGUGUAGCCCAUACAAUCUCUAUGAAGGCAGCCUUGGAGGUCCAACAGAGGAUACAAUCUACACUUGGCGUACAUAUCCCUCUCUCAACAUUCAUCGAGCGCGCAGCAGAUGUCGCUAAUGAUGACCUCCCCCGCCCAAAGAACUACAAACCAACACCAGAUGAACUCUUCGAUUCUGUCCUCGGACUUGACAAAGUUAAUCCGGUGAAUGGCGUUAGAGGGAACUUCAUACCUGAGAGCGGCGUCGCAUUUCGCCAAAUUAUCCAGGCUUCACCAUCAUCCAAACAGAACAACGAGGUCGAUAUUUACGAUCUCUUAUCUGGCGUCACGAAAAAGGCACCUCUUCAACGCUCGGUACCAAAAUUGGAGCCGGUUGAAGAAAACGAGUUUUGGGUAAUAAUCCCAGAAACUGAUAUGGAGACUGCAUCAGUUUUCAUGCAGAGAUUUAAGCUUGUCUUGGAGAAGGAGCCAGGGCGGUUGAUUCUGUAAGACAUACGCGCGUGUACUUUACCUAGCUAGAUGGGGAAUAGAUUGAUGAUACCAUGAGGGGAUUUAUUUCGUUUGUUCAUAAUUCUGGUUGUGUAUGCGGAGGUGACGGAAACUUCGUUUAUGUUUUGAAACUCCUUUAAUGCACGCUACUUUCGGAAACGUACCUUUCCGCCGAUCCGAUAUGUGCAUGAUUUUGGAGUGUUGUCAUUAAUACAUGUCACGAACUAUCGAGCCAUUGAACUGUGGUACGUUUGUUCUGUGCCAAAUGCUGUAAUGUCCCGUUAGACGGUAAGUCGUUGGCGUCGACGAAAAAUUUGGCGAGGCAGGCAGCAGAAAGCAUUUAA